AUGGUCGCAGGGGAGGCGCCCGUCUCCGGCAGCGCCCGUGACGCAGUCAGGGUCAUCCGACGACAGCAUCGCGAUUCACGUGGCGAUGACGACAACUCACCUUCAUCGAGAGGUAUCCGAGAUAUACUUAGCAGCGCACUGGACAAUGGCGACUGGGAUGAGGUGCUGUCAACGGCCAGCGACGUCAAUUUCGACGAGGAUGAGUUGCCCCUCUACCAAAUCGAUUGGGUAGAGGCGACAGCCCAUUGGACGUUGCGCGGGUUGGCCGGGAGAUUGCCCCAGGAAGUGGUAGACGCGGUAGAGUCGCGACCAUCUAUCGUCCGAACAACGACGAAGUUCACCGUGGAAACUGAUCACAAACUGUUCCAGCUCAAUUUCAAGGGUGGCAACCUUGAAGAGCAAUAUCGAUACCAUGGUGUGAUAUCGGCGAUCGGCGGCCAUUAUGUGGCGGAGCGUCACUUUUCUGAUAGCUCGCAGGGAGCCUCGAAGCGGUUCUUUACAGACUUUCUACAAGAUCUGCCAACACCGGGAACAGGAGGACCUACCUUCGAUACCAGCAUUACCAGCAAUAUAACUGGCCUUGUAGGCAAGACUGUAAAGCUAACCUGCCGCGUCAAAAACCUGGGAAAUCGCACAGUCUCCUGGGUACGUCAUCGGGACAUACAUCUACUUACCGUUGGACGGUAUACAUACACAUCAGAUCAACGGUUUGAAGCGAUGCACUCACCACAUGCUGAAGACUGGACACUUCGCAUAAGGUACGCUCAACGGAAGGAUUCGGGAAUCUAUGAAUGUCAGAUUUCAACAACACCUCCAAUCGGUCACUCCGUGUAUUUAAAUAUUGUGGAACCCAUCACUGAGGUCAUUGGAGGCCCCGAGAUGCACAUCAACAAGGGAUCCACCAUUAAUUUAACUUGCAUUGUCAAAUUUGCACCGGAACCACCACCCACUGUCAUCUGGUCGCACAAUCGGCAGGUCAUCAAUUUCGAUUCACCUCGAGGCGGCAUAUCAUUAGUAACCGAAAAAGGUGUGCUGACCACUAGUCGGCUCCUGGUGCAAAAGGCCAUCCAGCAGGACUCUGGACUUUAUACAUGUACGCCAUCUAAUGCCAAUCCGACGUCGGUGCGCGUGCACAUCGUCGAUGGCGAACAUCCAGCAGCCAUGCAUCACGGUAAAUCUCCGUCGCUGCAGCCACCGUCGCUGCUCUUAUUGAUGUUGUUCACGUGUGGAAUGCUGGUCUUGGUGGAGCUGCAAUCGGAAUCCACUCGUCGCGUAUUUAUAUGUCAAAUAAAUACUGCAACACCUAAAGCUGCUCAGCAAAGUUCCGUGUACAGUUUUCAUAAGCAGAAACUAGCUACCACAUAGCUGCUAAGAUCCCAAUGAAUGCGAAUGCAGAUAUGCAACUGGACUCGCUUUCGAAAAUUCUAAUGGUUUAAGUUAAUUUUUUUGUUGUUACAUCUUUAUAUAUUGUAUGAAUGUAUAGAUAAGUACGUAUUUUCUCGAUUUAACGUAUACAUAAGUAAGGUAUAACUAAUGACUGGCUUAACUGAUAUGCAGACACUUUUAUCCAUUUAAAAAACGUAUGAAAAGGUAAAAUUUUAAAACAAGAAGAACUACACUUACAUUAUGCACUUAAACUCGUACGAGGGCCAAAUUUUAUAUUCUUUGUCAUGGCUACUUCAAGGAAAACCAGAUCCAAUUGACCACUUUCAUUAAAAAGCUUAGAAUAUAUUACCCUAUACUUACUCAGAUAUAAAUAUUUAUUUCCAUUUUUGACUAUAAUUGUCAAAUCACGAGUGCUUCAAUCGACUGUCUUCGACGUUUGGUAAUGGUAUCUAAUGCUUAUUCAAUGUAAAAUUCUGGGACAAUGAUUUUAGUCAUGACCGUCGCUUGCGUGAUCCGGUUGUUGGGCCAGAUAAAGGGGAUCCUGUUCGCAAACUGAUAGAGAAAGAUAGCCUGUGAUACCCUUUGAGAUUGAGACAUUCAUUGGCACUUCUGGGACUAUCUCAUUUUUUUCUAAUAUUGAAUAAACUAUUGAUAGUUAAGAAGACUUAUUCGCGUUAGAUGCCACAUUAUUUGACCAUAUUCCAAAAAAUGGUUCGGGUCCAUUGCUGCGAGGUAAAGUCUGCAAAAUAAAUUUAAAUUAUCUUACAUCAAAGCACGUUAAUGACAUCACAACAGGCGAAGACGAAUUGUCUUUCAGCACUUAAAACAGUGUUAAUAGGUCAUCUAUUAUGUAGACCUGACCUUUUAUUAAAUCCCGCUCACCAAUAAUAAAUUGUGAAGUCAAUGUUAUUUGACGUCACAAGAGGCUGUAAAUUUCUUUAAACACCUCAUUGUAGAGGUAGUUACAAACUUCCGUGGUACUCUAUUUUUAUGCAUUAUUGUUCUUUCACUGCAAGGCAAGGUAUAUAAAAGCUGGCCCUCGCAUAAAACUACUACUGUAAUUUUCUUCUUUCUAUCUUCUCGUUUGUUCUAUUUCGCUCUUUCAAGAAGUAAUACAUAACGUAUGAUAACUAAGCACAUAGAGGACACACAACAAAUUUCUCUAGUACAAUUUUAGCUAUAAAUGUCUAAAUACAAUUGCAGACCCGUGGUGAUUUUUUUCUUGUUUCGUUGUAAUACAAUAUUUAAGCCCAAGAUAAUAGCUAAGUGUAUUUGAAAUAUUUGUAAACUAAAGAAUGUAAUGAUAGGCAGGAAGUAGAAUUUUCAUCUAUUUAUAUAUUCCAAACAUAGUCAUUUAUGUAUAAUGCCGACACGGUGGACAGAAUGCGACGAUAGGUCACGUAAUGUCAACAAAAUCUGAAAGAUAUCCACGUUUGCAUAUUGCUCAUAGGGUAAACUUUUGCGAAAAAAAAUUAUAAUAAUAAUUUGCCACAUAAUUAUAAUAUUUCUUGUUUAGACUAGACUAAUUUCAUUACAAAGCGCAAUAAACUGUUAA